GCCACCGGACGACAAGAAUGCAAACCCCUCUCCUUUCGUGGACUCCAGGAAAUUGGAUUCAGGCCGUCGCGGGGUGCGGGACAGCGACUCGGGGUCCUCUGGGGAAUGCUGGGAAAUGUAGUCCAGGAGCCCCGCGUAGUCGGAGGUAUUUCCGCUGCGGAAGGUUAAGAUCGCGGCCUUCGGUUUCUUUCUGGGAGGGACCACUGUUUCCUGGACCUCAUCAUACUCUUUUUAGAGUGCCUAGCAGCAGCAACCGAGGAGUUGGCCAAGAAGAGUUAUUCAGUCAAAGCAGCAGAGAGACAAGAUCUAGAAUACCGAUUCCAGUGUGAGAGCUGGAUUCCAAUUCCACCCAUGUGUUGUGACCUCACCAAGUCCCAGCUUCCUCAUCUCUUAAAUAGGAACAACAGUCCUCAUCAUCAUUGAUUGAGAACUUCCUAAAAAUGCCAGCUGAGAACAGAGGUGUAGGUGAUUGGAUCAGAGUCACACAACUAGUACCACAGUAGCUUCUUCACAAGAAAACGAGUCAUCCUUGUCACCUUAAAUAUUACUGCAAAGACAUCACGUUAAGUAUGACAGACCAGAGAGAAUAACAUAUUUCAGAAGUUAAAGGACUCAGCCCUUCCCUGGAAGGAGAAGAACAGAAUGACCAAGUUCAAGGAGACGGUGACGUUCAAGGACGUGGCUGUGAUCUUCACGGAGGAGGAGCUGGGGCUGCUGGACCCUGCCCAGAGGAAGCUGUAUGGAGAUGUGAUGCUUGAGAACUUCAGGAACCUGCUCUCUGUAGGGCAUCAGCCCUUCACGCCAGAUGUAAUGCUCCAGUUAGAGAGGGGAGAAAAGCUUCGGAUGGUGAAGACGGCAGCCUGGGGUCCCAGCGCCUCAGGAGACAAGAAUCUAAAUGACACGGAGACUCUUCAGGAAAUUGGAUUAAAGUACCUGCCACAUGAAGAGCUGUUUUGCUCCCAAAUCUGGCAACAGGUUACAAAGGAGUUAACCCUGUGCCAAGAUCCCAUGGAAGCAGUGACAUUCAAGGACGUGGCCGUGGUCUUCACAGAGGAGGAGCUGGGGCUGUUGGACUCCGCCCAGAGGAAGCUCUACCGAGAUGUGAUGCUAGAGAACUUCGGGAACCUGGUCUCUGUGGGGCAUCAACCAUUCAAACGAGAUAUGAUCCACUUGAUAAGGGAAGAAAAGUUUUGGAUGGUGAAGUUAGCAACCCAAAGAAAAGGCAAUUCAGGAGACAAAGUCCAACAUGAAAUGGAGACUAGUCCUAAAGCAGAACCACAUGAAGAACUUCCUUGCUGGCAAAUCUGGCAACACAUUGCAAAUGACUUAACCCGAUGUCAAAACUCCAUGAUAAAGAGUUCUCAAUUGUACAAACAACGUGAUUUACCCAGCCAGGUGGGAGCAGAACUGUCUAUAAUCCGCACAGGCCAGAAAACUUACCAGGGAAAUGGGUGUAAAGAAUUCUUCAGUGAUACUUCCAACUGUGAUCUUCAGCAGUUAAACUCUGGAAAAAAGUCUCAUACAUGUCGUGAGUGUGGGAAAUGCUUCUUUUAUAGUUCAGCACUUCGUAUUCAUCAGAGAGUUCACCUGGGAGAGAAACGGUAUAGGUGUGAUGAGUGUGGUAAAGAAUUCAGUCAGAACUCACAUCUGCAAACUCAUCAGAAAGUCCACACUAUAGGGAAGGCAUUCAAAUGUGAAGAAUGUGGGAAAGGCUUCAGCCGUAGAUCAGAACUUAGUAAUCAUUGCAGGUUACACUCGGGAGAGAAACUUUAUAAGUGUAAGGGAUGUGGGAAGGCCUUCAUUAAUGCUUGCCAUCUUCAGGACCAUCAGAGAGUCCACACCGGGGAAAAGCCAUUUAAGUGUGAUAUCUGUGGUAAGAGCUUUCGUCGUAGGUCAGCACUUAAUAGUCAUUGUGUGGUCCACACAGGAGAAAAACCAUACAAAUGUGAGGAGUGUGGGAAGUCCUAUACUUGGCGUUCACGUCUUCGUAUCCAUAAGAAAGUCCACAUGGGACAGAAACCACACAAAUGUGAAGAAUGUGGAAAGAGCUUCUUUUCUAGGACACAUCUUUAUUACCAUCGGAGGUUCCACACAGAGGAGAAACCCUAUAAUUGUAAGGAAUGUGGGAAGAGCUUCCGAUGGAUCUCACCUCUUUUGACACAUCAGCGAGUCCACAGUGGAGAAAAACCAUUCAAAUGUGAAGAGUGUGGGAAAGGAUUUGGUCAGAAAUCAUGCCUGCAAGCUCAUCAGAAAGUCCACACCAAAGAAAAACCAUACAAAUGUGAGGAGUGUGGUAAGGGCUACAAGACAAGCUUGGAUCUUGAUGUGCACCAGAGUGUUCAUAUGGGAGAGAACCCAUAUACAUGUAGGGCAUGUGGUAAGCACUUCACUAGGACCUCAAAUCUUAAGGUUCAUCAGAGAGUCCACACUGGAGAGAAACCAUACAAAUGUAAUGUAUGCAGUAAGGUCUUUAGUCAGUCUGGACAUCUAAAAUCUCAUCAGAGAGUUCACACAGGAGAGAAACCUUAUAAGUGUAAGAUAUGUGGUAAGCAGUUCAGUUCAAGUUCAUAUGUUAAAAUUCAUCACAGAACCCAUAUUGGUGAUAAAUUUCAUCCAGUCUCAUAGGAGAAAAAACUUUGUAUUGGUAAAGUGAAUCUAUCAGCCAUAGCUAAACACAUCCCAGUGAUCCCAGGAUCACACAAGUGGUGCAAUAAGGGCUUUAGUUAGAACCUUUACAGUUACAGUUAUCACUCAAGAAAUAAGCUGUUGAAAUAAGAAUCUCUUUAGGCACUUAUCAAACUCUAAUGGUGGAUAUUAAAAUUGAUGUCCCUUGGAAUAUAAACUCCAUAAGGGCAAGGAGUUUGCUGCUGUAUCUAUAUAAUCAACAUUGAGUAACACUCAGUAUAUGCACUUAGUAUUUGUUUAUAAAAUGAAUCAAAGGGAAGAGAGAGAAUUAGGGAAGAUGGCAGAGUAGGAGGACCCUAAGCUUGCCCCCUCUUAUGGAUACCACUAGACAACACUUCUAUCAGCAUAAGUAACCCAGAAACCGACCUGAAGACAUAAACUCAUCAACUAAAGGUAGAGAUGAGGCAAUAUUAAAAGAGGUAGGAAAGGCAAAGAUGCAGUUUGAGAGUAAAACAGACUGGCAGUCAGUGGUGGGGACAAAGCCAGUGGUGCAGAGAAGGCAAAAACCAGACUAUCACACUGGGGAGCCCACACAGGGAAGACAAAUCCCCAUGACAUCUGGCUUUGAAAGUGAUGGGCCAAAUUCCAAGAAUUCUUAAAACCAGUGGGACUUAACUGGAUUUUCAGUUUCUGUGGGCUGGGCUCUGGGAGAGCACGAUAACCAACCAGUGGAAAUAGAGCCAGGAAUCAGCAGUUUGAAAAGUGCUAGGGGCAGAUGAGAGGGAGAGUGAUUUACUCAUCUCCGAGCAUGGCCUGGAGAGGCAGGGAUUAUGAGAACACCCCUCCAGGAACAAAGGAGUAGUAGGCACCAUUUCUCUCCCCGGCCCCCCAGCAUAAACAUGGCCACUUGCUGGAACCAGUGCGGCACCAACACACCUUACCUAACUUGCUUACACCAAGCCCUACCCGUCUAAUCCAGUGGAUCACUUUCCCAGUCACUCUUGCUUCAGUGCUGGCACUGUGAGCCCCUUUCCCCAGGAGACCAGAUAAAAUCCCACCAACACCUCAUCUCCUGACCUGCAUGUUUUAUGAGAGAUCAUUUCCAGACGUGGCAGUGACAGCAGGUCUCAUUACACAAGCAGACCAGCAUAUAUUAGGCUGUGAUCUACCCAGCUGAGGACCAAACCCUGUCCACAACAAGCAAAGAGAGCCUCUCCAGAUGACUAGACCGGAGGAAAAAGGCAGGGACACAACAGCAGGCACAGGCAACACACAUAGGAGACACUGAAACGACAGGUCCCAGAGCACAGGCGAUAACGCGCUGCAGGGCACUACAGGACCCCUUCAUAAGGCUGUUACCUUCAAAAGGAAGAGACCUAGCUGACUUUAAUAAUAAAUAGAGAAAAUGAGGAGAGGGACAUAUCUCCCAAAUGAAAGAACAGGACCAAACCACAGCAAGAGACCUAAGCAAAAACAGAUGUAAGUAAUAUACCAGAUAGAGAAUUUAAUGAUCAUAAAGAUACUCCCUGGACUUGAGAAGAGUGAAGGACCUCGGUGAGACCCUUACCACUGAGGUUAUGAAGAACCAAUCAGAGAUGAAGAACACAAUAAAUUAAAAAUACAUUGAUGGAGGGGAUUCCUGGGUGGCUCAGCGUUUUAGCGCCUGCCUUCGGCCCAGGAAGUGACCAAGGAGUCCCAGGAUCAAGUCCCACGUCAGGCUCCCUGCACAGAGCCUGCUUCUCCCUCUGCCUGUGUCUCUGCCCUUCUCUCUCUUUGUCUUUCUGUCUCUCUCUCUCUCUCACUGUCAUGAAUAAAUAAAAUCUUUUUAAAACUAAAAUAAAUACAUUGAUGGAAUAAACAGGCUAGAUGACACAGAGGAAUGUAUUAUGACCUGGAAGACAAUAAUAGAAAGUAAUUAGCUGAGCAAAUGAGAGGUGAAUUUUUAUUUUUAAAGAUUUUUAUUUAUUUAUUCAUGAGAGAGAGAGAGAGAGAGGCAGAGACACAGGCAAAGGGAGAAGCAGAUUCCAUGCAGGGAGCCUGACGUGGGACUCGAUCCUAGGUCUCCAGGAUCAGGCCCUGGGCUGAAGGUGGCACUAAAGCGCUGAGCCACCCGGGCUGCCCAAGAGGGGAAACUUAUGUAAGUUGAAGAUAGGGAACUCUGACUCCAUCAAGCAUAAUAACAUUUGCAUUAAAGAGAUCCCAGAAGAGAGAAAAGGGGCCAAAAAAAAAAAUUAUUUAAAGAAAUAAUAGCUGAAAACUACCUUUUUUGUGGGAGAAGGAAACCGAUCCAGAAGGCACAAGAGCACUCCAAAAAUCAGCCCAAGGACGUCUACACCAAUAUACAUAGUUCUUAAGAUGGUGGAAAGUAGUGAUAAAAUAUUUUAAAUGAAUCAAAAAGAAAAUGUAUGAUAUUUAAAAAUUGUAUCUGGAAAAGGAAACUAGAAAAAAAUUCAGAGAAACAGUUGAAAUGCAGAAAUAUAUAUCACUGCAUUCCACAGCAUUAUUUUGGUAGUAUCUUAUUGCAGUUGGCUCCUGGCAUACCCUCAGCCAUCGAUCUGAGUUUGGGUUAUUUUUGGGAUCUUGAUUUCAUGUUCCAUUGGUUUAUAUAGUAGAAACUCAAUUCUAUUUUGUGAUUUUUCUCACAUGGCAGACUGAAACAAUUUUAAUUUUGCAAUAACUGGCUACUGCACACAGCUUACUUGAAUUUUCUCAAUGUUAAGGCAAGGGUUCAAAGUAACAUUAAAAGAGAUUUAUGAUGAUAAAAAUGAUAAAAAUUUUCUUAGUUUUGAGUUCAUCAUUGAUUUUUAAAUUUCUGCAUUACCAUGUAAUCUUUGAUAUGAUUGUUUCUAAUUUGUAGCAUUUUUAAAAAAUCAAACUUCUCUGGUAGAAGCUAUGCCAAAUUUGAAGGACAGCUUCCCAUAUUCUUCCCUCAUCCCCAUGAAAUAAAUAGAAAAAUCUGGGAUUUGGUGGUUUCAUCAAAUAUAUUAAAUACUACUGCAGAAAUGGCAGUUAUAUGUUUUUCUUCCUGAUGAUAAUAUACAUCUUUUGAAAAGCAGUAUAUACCAAUGUGAAAUGUGUAACUCUGACCUGGAAAAAAACACUAGGAAUAUAUGAUAAUGAAGUUCAAACAAUGAAAAGAUGAAUAUGCAUCAAUAAAGUUACAAUUUCUAAAAUGGAAAUGAUGAGUGUUCACCGAUAAGGGUUUGUUUAAAUUUCAUAUGUUCCCAUAGUUUCAUGGGGCUGUUUAAGUAAUGUCAGGGACAUGUAAUAUCAGGAGAACAUAAUACAGGCUUUGUGAAAU